AUGUCCUCGCGUGUUGUGGUGCACCGUGGAAAGAUGUCGGAAAGGAGAGUGCCUAGUGGAGGAACUGCUCUCACGAAACCAGCAACAAAGACCCAGCGCCGCGUUAGUCAUUGCUAGCUUUCAACAAAAGUUGAAGGAUAGAUAGUCACUCGCAGAAACGGAGCGGUGUGGCGCGAAUGGGUGGCUAAAAAACGCCCUAAUCCGAAGAAGAGACCGAGCGGGACGAGUCGAGAAAGAGGACCGCGUGAGAAGUCUUAGCUUCGGCUUCUCGCUGGGUUGGGGAUGUUAUCCGUACUGUCUUAUGGCAGAUUGGUAGCCAGGGCAGUCCUCGGUGGACUUUCGCAGACGGACGGGCGCGACUACAGCCUCGUCACCGCUAGCUAUGGCUUCGGCAAGGACUUUCGGAAGGGGAUUCUCAAGAAAGGGAUGUGCUACGGGGACGAUGCCUGCUUCAUCGCCAGGAACAAAAGCGCCGACGUUUUGGGUGUAGCUGAUGGCGUGGGAGGCUGGCGGGACUACGGCGUCGACCCAUCUCAGUUCUCUGCAACAUUGAUGAGAACCUGCGAGCGACUUGUGAAGGAGGGCCGCUUCACUCCUAGCAAUCCGGUGGGCAUCCUAACAUCUGGUUACUAUGAGCUUCUGCAGAACAAAGUUCCCCUUCUUGGGAGCAGCACCGCCUGCAUUGUGGUGCUGGACCGACGGAGUCACCAGCUCCAUACGUGUAACCUCGGCGACUCUGGUUUCCUGGUGGUGCGCGGCGGCGAGGUGGUGCACCGUUCGGACGAGCAGCAGCACUACUUCAACACGCCCUUCCAGCUGUCCAUUGCUCCCCCGGGAGCUGAAGGAGUAGUGCUCAGUGACAGUCCUGAAGCUGCCGACAGUUCCUCCUUUGAUGUACAGCUGGGUGACAUCAUCCUCACCGCUACGGAUGGCCUCUUUGAUAACAUGCCAGACUACAUGAUCCUUCAAGAGCUCAAAAAACUCAAGACUACAAACUAUGACAGCAUCCUGCAGACCGCACAGAGUAUAGCAAAGCAAGCGCACAACCUCGCCUACGAUCCCAACUAUAUGUCCCCAUUUGCACAGUUUGCUUGUGACAAUGGCCUGAAUGUAAGAGGUGGGAAACCGGACGACAUCACGGUGCUGCUGUCCAUUGUGGCCGAAUAUACGGACUAAGGCGCGUGUGGGCUCUGAUGUGUUUGCGUGGUCUGCAGGGCUCACUUAACCCCCAUCCGGACCCGUCCACUUGACUUCCUCGUGGCCCUAGGACACAACACCUACUUGUUCACCCUUGCCCUUUUGGUUUUAGUUUCCUCCUGUUUUACAUUGAUCAUGAUGCAGAAGAAGCCUAACACUGCAUAUAAGCCCUCCAAAUUACACCUCAUUUCAUAACGUGGUAAGAGGAGUAAGCCAUUUUUUGGGAAUGGUUCGUUGGUGACAAUGAACACACAAGCUCAAGAAUGUCUUUCCAUUGGUGUUAUUGACACCAAAUUCGAGAAGUUGGUUUGGGGAAUGAAGGAGGAACAUACAACAGACAACAUGCAAAGUUCUCUUGGUUUGAGACUGGGGGCAGGAUGUGCCUAUGCCAGGUUGUAAAUAAUUUUGGUUUCGUUGAAUUACUGUUGGGAGAGUUGCGUUCACAGACAUUGUUUGAACGAACAUUUGCUGCGGAAGUAAAGGGAGCACGUGUGUAUGUUUGAGUGAUGUUGCGCGUCAUUUGAUGUUCACAAAGAAACUCUAUAGCAUCUGGUAAUGCUUACCGUUGCAACCAUAGGUCAGGUGUGAAGAUAAGAGAUGUAUAUUUUUUAAACGGUAAUGUUUGAAAGUGUAUGCCUGGAUAAAAUGCUGUAUUUGCUCUUAUAGUGAUUUAAUUGAUGAACUGCCAGAAUUGCCAGGUUUUCAUAUUAAAAUAAUUGUCAAGAUUUGUAUCCA